CGAAACUGGGAGGAAGCUCUGAGCCUGGAGGGGACCCGCCGCCAUCUCAGGUCUCCAGGCUUUGCCAGGGCUCACUGAAGAAAGCUGACACCCGGGUCCUAUAAUCCUUAUGGGGGACCAACCUUGUGCCUCCGGGAGAGCCGCUCUCCCACCUGGAAACACGCGGGAAGCGAAACCUCCGAAAAAGCGCUGCCUCCUAGCUCCGCGGUGGGAUUAUCCGGAAGGAACUCCAAACGGAGGUAGUACCACUCUCCCCUCCGCUCCUCCUCCUGCAUCUGCCGGCCUGAAGUCGCAUCCUCCUCCUCCCGAGAAGUAGUGGAAUAUUUUUCUCCCACCCGAAACCAGUCUAAAGAAAUUGCAUUAUGUCUCCAUUCCUUUGGUGCAUUCGUAAACUAGUUCAGCCAGUGAAGACAGUGAAGAUUAUUUACCAUGCUACGCUGCUUUUUCUGAUGUCCUGCACUUGGAAGUUGUGAAGUUUAAGCCAUGCCUGAACAGCUUACCCAGGGUCUCAAGCAUUCUUGUCAAACAAGAUGGGGUUUUGUUGGCCGGAUUAAGGUGCUGUGGAUGGGGGAUGCCUCACCUAAGAUGAAGCCCAGCUCAGCAUGGAGUCCCUCAUGUCAAGCCUGUUAAUUUCACAAGCAAUUGGAGGGCUGGUUAGUCUUAAGAUGUAAUCAGCGUGAUUGUACCUCCUGAAUUUGGAUGAAUUCUAGGACAUGGGCAAGAUCAGCUUGUAGACUUCUAAGACUGAACGUCAUGGCAUGGAUCAUAAUGAACUCAUAAAGCAGAUACUGCUCCUGAGAUGGUCCUGCAAGCAGAUAACCAAUGCUCUCUUUUGCUGAUAUUUUAGUCCUUGCCAUAUAACUUUAAGCUGUCAUAAAUUCAUUAACGUCCCAAUAAAUUUUGUCUCUUGUUGUUGUCUUAGAUAUUACUACUGCCUAAUAAAUAAUGAGUUUUAAUUAA